AUGGGUUCUGAAAGUGAUUUCGAAGAUGAAUGCAUGUACGAAGAUGACUCUGACUUUGCCAGUUCCAUGAGUGAGAGUGAGGGCUACAACAGCAACGACGACGUGAACGACGAUGUGUUUGUAGAGAAGCAGCACAAGAAAGCUUAUCAAGUGGACUACAAUGUCCUGGGCUCACUUCAUUUGAAGAGCAAGCAAGAUAAAGAAGUAUCACAGGUGUCUCUUAUUUUAGGACUAUCAACAGAAGAUGCUGCUACUUUACUGCGAUACUUUCGUUGGAACAAGGAAAAGCUGUUUGAGCAGUACAUGGAUUCAUCGGAAAAGGUGUUGAGAUUAGCGGGCGUAUCGUCUGUGUCCGAUUUAAAGCAUGCUAUCGUCUUGGCCAAGGACCUUGGUGUCGAUUUCAUGUGCGAUAUCUGCUGCGAUGACUCUCCUGACAUGGAAACGAUCAGUGUCUCAUGUGGACAUCGAUUUUGCAGAACAUGUUACACACACUAUGUUGUUCAGAAAAUCAGAGAAGAAGGCGAAAGUCGAAGAAUUCAGUGUCCUCAAAGCGAUUGUGCCGUCAUAGUGGACGAAAAGACUGUCGAAUUGCUGGUUGACCAUGACACGAACCUCAAAUACCGCGAGCUACUCAACAGAACAUUUGUGGAUGACAACGACUUUCUAAGAUGGUGUCCAGCUCCUGAUUGUGAAUAUGCUGUCGAAUGUAGUGUGCCAAGCACUAGUUUAACCUCCAUUGUACCAACUGUAGAAUGCAAAUGUUCAUGCCGCUUCUGCUUUGGUUGUGGGUUAGACGAUCAUCAACCUUGUAUCUGUGUAUUGGUCAAAAAGUGGUUGCAAAAGUGUGAGGAUGACUCAGAGACGGCUAAUUGGAUAUCAGCUCACACAAAAGAAUGUCCCAAAUGUCAUUCUACAAUUGAAAAGAAUGGUGGUUGUAAUCAUAUGACAUGCAGAAAAUGUAGAUACGAGUUUUGUUGGGUUUGCAUGGGUCCUUGGUCAGAGCACGGAACUUCCUGGUAUACCUGCAACAGAUACGACGAAAAGAGCAGCGAAGAAGCAAGGGACAACCAAACACAAUCUAGAGCCAGUUUAGAAAGAUACCUCCAUUAUUAUAAUCGUUAUGCAAACCAUGAGCAAUCUGCUAAACUGGAUCAAGAUUUAUAUCAAAAGACUGAAAAGAAGAUGGAAGAGAUGCAGCAAACAAGUGAUCUUUCAUGGAUCGAAGUGCAAUUCCUCAAAAAAGCAGUAGAUGUCACAGUACAGAGCAGAACUACUUUGAAAUGGACAUACGCAUUUGCCUUUUACCUUGACAGAACCAAUCAAACAGAGCUAUUCGAGGAUAAUCAACGGGAUUUGGAAAUGGCGACUGAACAGCUAUCAGAAUUAUUGGAAAAGCCAUUGGAGCCAGAGAAGAUUUCAGAGUUGAGACAGGCCGUUCUGGACAAAACUGUCUAUGUCAAGCAAAGAAGAGAAAUCUUACUGGAAGACACUGCCAAGGGCUUACAGGAAGGUAGAUGGGCAUUUUUUGUUGAGUUAAAGUAA